UGCGAGGCAGAGGACGUUAGGGAACGCCGAGGCCGUCGCUUGGAGGGCCGGGUGCAUGGCCGCCGCGAAGAGCAGGGGACCCAUGGGGUCCCCCUGUCGCACACCCCGGGCGCUGAGGAGUGGCCCACUGCAGAAGCCUGCGUCGAGGUAGAGGCGCGACGGGGCUCCGUAGGAGAGCUGGACGAAGGGGAGGAUCGCGACUCAGCAGGCGAAUGAACGCAUCCCGCGAAAACGAGGGACCCGCCUCGGACUCGUCAAGGAUGGGCCAGGCGAUUGACUCAGUCAACGGGGCGGGGUGCUUGGACUUCAACUCCUCGAGGACGUCGGGGGUUGAAUCGCUGACCGGGGUCGAGUCCAGUGCCAGCAGGGCACGUCGGAGACUGCCACGGCGGACAAGCCCCUCUGCUCGCUUUUGCCUGCCGAUGGAGUCCGCCGCGUGGCGAGGUGCGGGGGGGUUAUGCACAGCGUCGAUUGCUGACAGGUACAGCAAAUGCCAUUCGCCCGCGAGGAACUGCUGCAGUCGUUUUUCCACUGUGGCCCAAUCUGGGUGCUUGGGCGAAUGCAGGCGAAGGGUUAGGCGAGGGACAAAGAGUAACAGACGCCAGCCUGCGAGGCUGGUUGGCCUAGUCCUUGCCGUCCCCAAACGCGUGGCCGAAGGCCGCCGGCGCGAGCCGCCACCAAGGGAAGGAGAAAAAUAAGAAACCCAACUCAAAACUGAGGAAUGAAAGGACUGAGGGCUCUAAAUACUAAGGGACAUAGGCUCCCUCUCUCUCUCAAGCGGUCCGUUUAUUGCUUGGAAUCCUGAGUACAGGCUAGGCAGGUGGGGAGCGACAAGUCAUGGGGCAGCCAUAGGUCUCCACGGCCAGGGGGAAGAAACCGACAUAAGGUGCGCGGUUACGGUAAUGGUCAAUCUUUUUGUCGGCUUGCUCCCGGGCCAUAUAUCCCCGCCCCUUACGAGCGUGUGGGUCCCGGGUGCUGAUGGGAUCCGUGACAGUGACGUCACAGAUCCAGACGGCGCCCGAGUCUCUGUCGCGCAUGGCUAGGUCGGCCUUAUGGCUGUCCACCGGACUGUAGAUAGCGGUCUCCUUGGUGACGAUGAACCCGGCAUCCCGCGCCAUACGGAUGCAUUCGUCGCGAAGUGCAUUGUGGGUGUCUGUCCGGCCAUGCCCCGUGCCGCAGCGGAAGAGGUGGUUGGGCAGCCGGGGGUCAAGUAUCUCGGUCCCGUCGGCGCAGUUGCAAGUGAGUGGGGCCGGGAAAGGGAGGCCGAGACGGAAGGCAAGGGCGAUGGCAAAGUGCGGAGGUUCAAGGCGGAGAGAAGGGAAUAUGGGGACGGCGUGGAUCCAAUCCCCUGCCCCGUAGCCCGCCAGAGAGAACAGGCGCUGUGUGUGGCCGGAAAUGGGGUUCAGCUCCAUCCCGCGGGACGCCGCCACUUGGUCCGCAUAUCGGGCGGCGUGGACUUCAAGGGAGAGUCGGUGCUGGAGUGGGGUUCCGGAUGGCUCCUCGCGAAGGCUGCAGGGCCUUCAAUGGCGGGGUCGGAGAGGCCUAGCCCUCCGAGCGAUGGCGGAAGUGAGGCCUGGGCCCAGGUGCGCAUGCGUUCGGCUUCCCCUCGAGGGAGUUGGAGGUUGCAUGCGCCGAGGAGGGUGUGGAAAAGCCCCCGUCCCCACUCCGUCCACUCGGGUUGUGGGAGGAAAUCCAGCGGCGUGGUGCGGGUCAGGUAGCUGACCCGCCGCGAGAUGCAGCGCGUAAGGAGGAGAGAGGCCGUUUGGGGGUCCAUGGUUGCGAUGGUGGGGAGUGGCUCAGCCAGCGAGGCCAGCUGGGAACGGAGGAAAGCAGCUGAGCCCUCCGCUGUCCCGACAAAACUCCCCAGCACCCGCAGUCCCUCGCUGUGGAAAGGGACGUCCGGGGGAAGGGCGUCGGGUGGGGGAGGAGUUGGGGACCACGCCCCGCAUUUCGAGGGGUUGUGCGUAAGGCCGAUGGCCCCCAUGGCGCCCGUGAAGUGGUGGAAGGCCGCUGCGCAGGCGGCCGGUGCACCCACGAACGUCACGUCAUCCGCGUAGGCUAGACAGAGGACAUCUGAGUGGGCGGUGGCUGUCGAUUGGAGCGCGGGGUGGAUAGCUGCAGCGAAGAGCAAAGGGCCCAUGGGGUCCCCUUGUCGGACGCCCCGUGCACUCCGGAGUGGAGGGCUGGCAAACCCGUCGUCGAGGUACAGAAGCGAUGGGGUACCGUACGAAAAACGGAUAAACGGUAACAGCGGACGUAGGGGCGAGGCGUCGAUGGCGGUGAUUAUCGCCCCUCGCUCAACGCUGUUAAAACCGUUUGCGAGGUCCACUUGGACAAUGACGGAGCCGGUAUGUACGGAGGUGAAAGCCCGAGUGGCGUGGAUGACUACUUCUCCGCCGCUCCGAAUUGCGACGCCGAACUGAAGGGGGAGAAAGUAUUCUUGUGCGGGCUGAGUUGUCGAGAUGAGGGCGGAUUUGGCAGUAAGACGGUGGAGACAUUCACCUAUGGCGAUGGGGCGUGUUCCGCCAUCAGGUUUGCGAAGGGCUAGCAGGCGUGACGCCGUUAACAGCGUGCUGACCUCCUGGGGCAGGUUACCAGCAAGGAGCAGCUGCACAAUUUCGUGCAGGAGCUUGGCGACGUGCGGAUUAGUGAGCGAGGCGUCUCUCAGGUGUUCGAAAGUCAUCCCCGAAGGGCCGGCCCCCACCCCGUUUUCGCUUCGCGAAAGUAGGCGAGUGAAAUCAGCGAAGUCCAGCGUCGGCGGGGUGACGUCGUCCAGUGAGGGCCACGCAAGGGCCUCUGUCAACGGUCGCGGGUGUUUGGACUUCAGCGAGUCAAGAACCUCCGGGGUUGACUCGCUGACUGGGGUUGACUGGAGUGCCUGUAGGGCGCGGCGAAGGCUGCCUCGUCGCACCAGCCCCUCGGCUCGGGAGAUUUUCCCGAGGUCGUCACGAACAUGGCGAGGGGGCGCAGGCAGUGUGACAGCCGCUACUGCUGACUGGUAGAGGGCAUCCCACUGGCCUGCGAGGAACUGCCGCAGACGAGAUUCCA